GUGACUUUCUGCGCCCGGGCUUUCCUCCUGGCGGACCAUCUUGCUCUUGCAUGUUCCUUGUCGUUUAGCUGCAUGGAAACGCGGAGCAGUCGGUGGGUUUCGGCAGUCGCUGCUUGGUGAACGGGCUUAACCAGUUGCCCUUUGAUCCAACGAACAACAACGAGCCACUACAGUUUAACGAUUCAAAUGGCCCACUGGUGACAGAAUGUACCAUUGAUCAUUGCGACGAACCAGAAAAGAAAAGGAAACGGAACAAUAUAGUUGCAGCAGAACGUUACAAAAACCUAGCCUUAGACUCCAGCCCACUAGGGAUGUCAUUAUCCGACCCUACAGCUUGGGCAACAGCCAUGAACAACUUGGGAAUGGGACCAAUGGGAAUGACUGGACAGCCACUUAUGCCAGAGUUUGACCGAGGUCUUAGCAUGAUGACCGGCAUUCCACCUAUUAACCCAAUGAUGCCUGGAUUGGGCAUUGUCCCUCCUUCAAUUCCUCAAGACAUGUUUGUUGUGAAGGAGAUCAUCCAUUGCAAAAGCUGUACACUUUUUCCUCCAAAUCCAAAUCUUCCUCCUCCGGCUGUGCGUGAAAGACCUCCGGGAUGCAAAACUGUUUUUGUUGGUGGCUUACCAGAGAAUGCUUCAGAAGAGAUGAUCACUGAAGUUUUUGCACAGUGCGGUGAAAUAAUAGCCAUUCGUAAAAGCAAGAAAAACUUUUGCCACAUUCGGUUUUCAGAUGAAAGUAUGGUAGACAAAGCUCUUUUUUUGUCAGGUUACCGAAUAAGAAUAGGCUCCAGCACCGAUAAGAAGGACACAGGCCGUCUUCAUGUUGACUUUGCUCAAGCUAGAGAUGACCUUUAUGAAUGGGAGUGUAAACAACGCAUGAUGGCAAGAGAGGAACGCCAUCGACGAAGAGUGGAAGAAGAAAGGUUUCGACUCCCUUCGCCUCCACCCAUAGUACAUUAUUCAGAACAUGAAAGUGCUACACUGUCAGAAAAAUUUAGAGAUGAUUCAAAAUUCCCUGAAGCUGUUCAGACACUUUAUACCUGGUUGGAACGAGGUGAAGUGAACCGUCGAUCAGCAAAUGUAUUUUAUUCCAUGAUCCAAUCAGCUAAUAGCCAUAUUCGAAGGCUGAUGAGUGAAAAAAUUCAACAUGAAAAAGAAAUGGAGGAAGCCAAAGAGAAAUUUAAGAAUGCUCUCUCAGGGAUUCUAGUUCAGCUUGAGCAGAUUGUCUCCGUUUUCCACUCUGCCUCCAAGCAAAAGGCGUGGGACCAUUUCUCAAAAGCUCAACGCAAGAAUCUGCAUAUGUGGCGAAAACAAGCAGAGGAAAUUCGUAACAUCCAUAACGAUGAGCUUAUGAGUAUUCGUCGUGAAGAAGAAAUGGAGAUGUCUGAUGACGAUAUGGAACAAAUGCCAGCAAAUAAAAUAACAGAUGAAUCAGCACUUGCAGCUCAGGCUGAAGCACUUAAAGAAGAGAAUGACAGCCUGCGUUGCCAGCUUGAUGCCUACAGAAAUGAGGUGGAUUUACUAAAACAUGAGCAGGGUAAGCUCUAUCGCACUGAAGAAGAAACCAUAAAGGACCAACAAUUAAAACUACUGCAACAGACAUUGCAAGGGAUGCAGCAGCAACUUUUGAAUUUACGGGAAGAAUGUAAAAAGAAAGAAGCUGAAUUCCAAAAGGCACAGGAAGAGAAACAAAAUGCUGAAAUGUUAUUGGAGACAUUUAAAAACAAGCAGGAGACUGCAGGUGGAGAUGAUAUGGAUGAAAGUGAUAAUGAAGGAAAUAAUAGUACAAGAUGUAUAAUAUUGGGGUCCAGUCAAGAGAAGGAUGGUGAGCUGGACAGGGUCAUCACGGGGCCUGUCCGAUCAGAGAGGGAAGCACUGCUUGUGGGUAUUAUUUCUACAUUUCUCCACGUCCACCCUUUUGGCGCCAGUAUAGACUAUAUAUGUUCUUAUCUUCAACGACUGGAUGCUAAGAUCUCUCCUGGUGAAAUAGAAGGACUGAUGACGCGACUACAUCAUGUGUUCCAGCAGGAAAUAAGUGGAGUUGGUGCAAGUUUGGAAAAGCGAUGGAAGUUUAGUGGUUUUGAUGGAAUCAAGACACUGCAAAACUAGUAACAAAGUGAACAUUCACAAGAUUACAGGACUACUGUACACCUAAUGCUGUUUCUCCUUAAAGUAGACACCAGAUUCUUUUUUUUAAAAAGGGUUGAUUUCUGUGACUUUUUUUUUCCAAAUAUGAGAAAUCCUCAGGCUUGAGCAAUAUGAGCUGCACCUGGAAAACAGGCUUUUUAACAGAACUUUACUUAUCAGCCCCCAAAUACUGGGCAUUUAAUAAUUGCACAACAGUUUUUGUUAGAAAAUGGAAGAUUUCAAGGUUAAAAUGUAGCAUAAGUCAAGUUAUUGUCAUGGGACAAAAUAGAAAAGCAACAACUUUAAGCUAUGAAGAGUAAACAGGCAUUCUUUUCCCAGGUUUGUGCCCCCUUUGUGCCUCUCCUCUAAUCCAUCCCAAUAUUAGAAUACAUAUUUAUUUGUUUUUAAUUUUUCUAAUGUAUAGGGGUGUUUUCUAUCAAGUUCUUAACAUAUUUGUAUCUGCUUUUAUUGGUCCAAUUGCUCCCUUCUUCUUGAAGUACUGGAAGGAAUGAAAAAGCAUGAACAAAUAUUGUAUCCAUCCAUCUAUCCGUCAACCUGCUAUUACAAACCAAAGGUUGUUGCUAAGAAGCUACUGAUUUAUUUAUUUUGUACCAUGGCUCAGUUCCAGUGUGUGAAAGAUGUGUAGGUUCUCAUCUCAUUUCUUCAAAGGAUUGUCAUGGACAUCAGCAGUUCUCUAGUAUCUACACUUCAUUUGAAAUUCUUUGUGUGAAGUUGAAGUAGACUAUUUGAAUGUGGGAUGAUGUCAGCAUUAUGUUUAAUUUUGGCUUUGUGUUGCAUCCACAAAACUGCACUUUCAUAUCGGGAUCAUUGGAAGUGUGAACUUGACAGAUGUUUUGUUUUUUAGUCUGGAUACUGGGGGGAUAAAAGCAACAAUUGCUGGUCCAGCUGAGAUCAGCUAAUUUAAUGCAGAUCACGAAACUUAGAGCAUGCUUGUUCUGUGCAGCUCAGUACCAGAGAGCAUUUAAACUCCUAUAAUUCCACUUAUGGCUGCACAGCAAAUUUGGAUAAAUUUGCUGAAGCAAUAUACAGCAGAGUGAACCACAGUUUCACACAACUUUUCCAUCCAGAGAUAGCUUAGUUUCAGACAGGUUAAAGUUUUCUAAAGUGAUAGAGUGUAAGAAAAUGUUCAGCUUGGAUCCUCUGUGAUAGAGAGCAUAGAUUUGCAUUUCUUUGUAUCCAGGCGUAGUCCAUCAUGCAAAUGUAUCUGUAGAUUAGUGAAUGCCUUUUGCCCUCACUUCAAUUGUUGAUGUUGAUUUACGUGAGGAAAGGUGUUUUCGAUGGACUGAGCUAAAUGGAAUAAAAUUUAAUUACUACCCUGCUCCUUACAUAGAGGGAUCCAAAAAGUUAAUGUUUGCUAACCGCACAUAACAAAUAAUAUGAAAUAUAACAUGAAAAGAAUGCUCCAUUCUCCAUGUUUGUGUUAAAAGUGGAGCAGAAAAUGCUGGAACAUAUGUUUGAAAAAGGUGAAAUAUGAACAUUGAUGUAAAUUCAGGUUUGAAGUACUGUAUCUUUCAGCAAACGUGAUAAUAUAUAGUGAAAGAAAUUGUUUACAUUACAAAUCUGUGACAAAAAGAAAACAUCCCUGUUAUAAUUUCUUUGUAUGUCUGGAAUUGAUCUAGCAGUACAUUUUGGACAAUAUCUCUAGUUUGUACAGGCUAAGCUGCACUGUAUUGAUAAAAGUUGUAUUUUUAGAGAUUAAUUUUUACAGAGCUUUAAUACUUGAGAGUUUACUUGGUCUCUGUGUUCCUAAAGGAAGAACAUAGGCAGCAAAAUAUGUUAAUUAUAAUAGAAAUAAUGAGAA